AUGGAGAUAAACAAAGAAAACAGGAAACGUCCUUCAUCAGACUCUCUUGUACAGCAAAGUCAAUGGCAACUGCACAAUUCUGACCCCCCAACAGUUGCCUUUGCUCGUUCUAUGGAUCUAAAUAAAGAAAACAAGAAACGCGCUUCAUCAGACUCAUUUUUACAGUGGAGCCAAUGGCAACUGCUCGAUUCUAUCCUUCCAACAGGUGGUUUUGCUCACUCUUUUGGUCUUGAGGCAGCAAUCCAAGCUCGCAUAGUGUCUUGUCCUGAAGAUCUCCAAACUUUUGUAAUCCAUCUGUUGGAGAAUACUGGAAGCUUACUCCUUCCUUUUGUCUAUUCUACAACAAUGUCGCCUGAUUUUCAGACCAGGUGCAAACUCGACAAAAUGUUGGAUGCAAUGUUAACUAAUGAAGUGAGUAGGAAGGCAUCAAUUUCACAAGGGUCGGCAUUGAUGAGGGUGGCUGCAUCCGUGUACUCAGAAAUACCAUCUCUUAAAUCUAUGAGGGAAGCUUCUUUAAGUUCUGGGGUUGUUUCUUUUCACCAUGCCCCUAUGUUUGGGGUUAUAUGUGGUCUGCUCGGGUUGGACAGUGCUACUUCUCAAAGAGCUUACAUGUUUAUUACAAUGAGAGAUGUUAUAUCUGCUGCAACAAGGCUCAAUUUGGUAGGGCCCCUUGGUGCGGCUGUAAUGCAGCAUCAGAUUGCUCCUGUUGCUGAAGCUAUACUGAAUCGAUGGAAGGACCGUCCAGUUGAGGAAGCAUGCCAAACUGUUGCUUUGCUUGACAUUGUACAAGGUUGCCAUGCCUACCUGUUUUCUAGACUGUUCUGUUCUUGA